AUGGGACGCACUCCGACUAUUUCUACAUCCGCUGUAUCUGCCCAGGCGCAGCAGGAUGCAGUUUCAGAAGGCAUUGAGAACUUUCAACUACCACGGAGCCUUAUCACCAAGCUCGCGCGGUCUGGGAUGUCCGAGGACGCCAAAAUGCAAAAAGAUGUGGUGUUGUCUUACCAGAAGUCAGCCACUGUGUUUAUAAACUACCUAGCUGCCACCGCACACGAGGUUGCUGCAUCGAAACAGCACAAGAGCAUAUCUGCGUCUGAUGUGUUGAAAGCUCUGGAGAUGGUCGAGAUGGGCGACAUGGUGCAGAUGAUCCAGCAGGAGCUUGAUGUCUACCGCGACAUACAAAAAGCGGACAAGAACCGCAAGAGCAGCAGUGCCUCGAAAGGAAAGGCACGCGAGUCACAAGCAGAAUCUGCGUCUGUCUCGACCUCUAUCUCAGCACGGUCGAGUGGCAAGAACAAGGAAAGAGCCCAAGUGCCCAGCAUCACGAUUAGUCGUGCGCAAUCAGCAACGCGUCCCGAGUCGGCGCCCCAGUCAGAGCCAGAAGCGGAGCCAGACGAUGAAGAAGGCGACGAAGAACAUGCACUUGAGGAGGACGAGGAAAUGUUAGAGCCAGAGGAUGGAGCAGAAGAGGACGUGGAAGAAGAGGACGAAGAAGACGAAGGGGAGGGAGACGAACAACCAGGGGAUCCCAUUACCGUUGAGGAUGAGGAACUCCGGCGAGAUGCUCGAGGGCUGGAAGAUGGUGAUGAUGCGUGAAGGUGAGUAUAACACACCUCAUGGACUCGUCGUGGUUGCUGCAUCGAUUUCACGGACCUGCGUGCUUUCCCCUCUUCUGGCUAAACCGUUUCAUGUACUGCAUUGUUGUAUGUAUAGUUAGAUCCCAUGAUAUUUAGCUUUUUG